UUAGAAACAAUUCACAUCCACACCCCCUCAGGGCAGGUCACAGUGUCAUCAAAAUUUGACCUAACCUUCAGCUUUCAAGGUCAAAAUGAAUCCCUAAAACUCAGCUUGGAACCGAACAAUGAUAUUCUCUUGCAAAGCUCCCAGAUCAAGUACCUCGACUCGAAGGGGGAAACCCGGGCUACGGAGAUCAUCGAUAAAGAGUCGCACAAAGUCUUCAAGGGUAGUGUUUGCGUUCGGGUUCUGGGCCAUGACUGGAAGAAGGCAGGUUGGGCGAGAAUAUACAUGAUUCAAGAUGGAAAGAAUCCGCUUUUCGAAGGUGCAUUCAGCGUUUCCAGCCAGCAAUACCAUGUCAAGCCUGCAUCUAACGUAAUGGGGGGCCUGCAUUCAUCGACUUCAAGAACUCAGAUGUGUGCAUACCAAAACAGCCGCACGGACACAUCUCAUACUCAAGACAUUCGAUCACCCGAAGACCCAACAUGUGCAAUUGAUCGGAAUCUCUGGAUUUCGGGCACUAGGAAAAGCUCGCAGGAUACCAUCGGCGCUUUUGACGCGCGAAACAGCAAAAUUUCAUUCGCACUUCGAAAACGACAGCUCUCUCUGGAUACUGGAUACCUCCUCGACAACAUUGGCAAUACUGCGGGCUGUCCUACUGUAAGAAGGGUGGCAUUGGUCGGGAUCGCAACGGAUUGUUCCUAUACCGCAUCGUUCAGCUCCAAUGAAGAAAUUCGUCGAAAUAUAAUCAACAUGGUCAAUACCGCAUCCGAGGUAUUCGAGAACACUUUCAAUGUCUCCCUUGGUCUACACAAUCUUACAGUCAGCGAUGCAGAGUGCCCUAGUAGCACUUCAAACUUUGACCCUUGGAACGCCCCAUGCUCAUCGGGAGAUUUGGAAUGGCGUUUACAGCGUUUCUCUGCAUGGAGAGGUACUUUGGGCGAUACAACAAAUGCGUAUUGGACGCUCAUGACCGGUUGCCCAACUGGAAGUCAAGUAGGCGUGUCUUUGGUGGGGGAUUUAUGUAAUUCAAGGACGAGCGCAAAUGUUGUCGCGCUCACCACAAAUGAAUGGCAGGUUUUCGCCCAUGAGUCGGCUCAUACGUUUGGGGCAGUUCAUGACUGCGACUCAAACACAUGCUCCUCUGGCAGCCAGUGCUGCCCUCUAUCUUCGUCCACAUGCGAUGGGAACGCACGGUACCUAAUGAAUCCGUCUUCGGCCUCUUCACAAACUGAGUUUUCGCCAUGCACUGUAGGCAACGUCUGCUCAUUGAUUGGGUCUGGGAGAGUAAGAACCAGUUGCCUUGUAAGCAAUGAUAACGUUCCAACAAUCACAAAUGGGGUGUGCGGGAAUGGGAUUGUCGAAGCUGGCGAAGAGUGCGAUUGUGGGGCUGAUUGCAGUGAGAACCCAUGUUGUGACGGGACGACCUGCCGCUUCAGGGAAGGGGCUGUGUGCGAUGAUGCAUCGGGUCCCUGUUGCUCAAGCUGUCAAUUCAUGUCCGCAGACACCGUUUGCCGCGCAAGUAAUGGAAGCUGCGAUAUCCAAGAGACUUGCACCGGGGACGCUAGCACCUGUCCUACCGACAGAUAUGCACCUGAUGGACAUACUUGUGGGACAGAUUCCGAUCUUUUCUGUGCUAGUGGCCAAUGCACGAGUCGAAAUAUUCAAUGCGGAGAGUGGUUUAAUAUAAACAGCACCAGUGUCUCCUCUUGCGCCACCGAUGCCUGCACUCUUAGCUGCUCUCGUUCCCGAUAUGGAUGCAUAAGGACUAAUCAGCAGGUCCUAGAUGGCACACCGUGCAAUGGUGGGAUUUGCCAGAGUGGGCAAUGUCAGAGACAUAGUGAAAACAAUACUGGAAGGAGUGGAUCGUCAUGGAUUGAUCGCAAUCGCUCCCUGGUCAUCGGUCUCUGUGCUGGGAUAGGAGGAGCCUUGGUCCUUGCUCUGCUUGCCUGGAUAACCUGUGGCUGCUGCAGACGCUCUCACUCCAGAAAAAAAGGUCCCUUUAGCUCCUAG